AUGGCGGCGGCAACGACACCAGAAGCGCCCGCAGGCGAAUCUGCUUCGCCAGUGACGAUAGUAUGCGUGGGCAUGGCCGGCUCAGGAAAGACGACCUUUAUGCAACGAAUCAACUCACACCUUCACUCUCAACGAAAAACCCCUUACGUCCUCAACCUCGACCCAGCAGUCCACUCCGUGCCGUUUGAAAGCAACAUCGACAUUCGCGAUUCGAUCAACUAUAAGGAAGUGAUGAAACAGUAUAAUCUAGGGCCCAAUGGAGGAAUUUUGACUUCGCUUAACCUCUUUGCGACAAAAGUAGACCAGAUCAUUGGUCUCUUGGAGAAACGCACGGCUCCAGUUGAUCCCGCUCAUUCCGGUGGACAACCGAUUAAGCACAUCCUAGUCGACACCCCUGGUCAGAUCGAAGUGUUCGUGUGGAGUGCGUCUGGAAGCAUCCUGUUGGAAACUCUUGCGUCCUCGUUUCCAACUGUCAUUGCAUACGUGAUAGACACGCCUCGGACGAGUUCCACCAGUACCUUUAUGAGUAACAUGCUCUAUGCUUGCAGUAUCCUCUAUAAGACCAAACUUCCUAUGAUACUAGUCUUCAAUAAGACCGAUGUGCAGGAUGCAGAAUUUGCCAAGGAGUGGAUGACCGACUUUGAUGCUUUCCAGACUGCUUUACGCCAGGAGGAGGAUGCUGGUGCAUUUGGAGCGGAAGGUGGUAGCGGUGGCUUCGGUGCUGGCAGCGGCUACAUGGGAUCCUUACUCAAUAGUAUGAGCUUAAUGCUUGAGGAGUUUUACCGUCACCUGAGCGUCGUUGCGGUGAGCUCGAUGACCGGAGAUGGUAUCGACGAGUUCUUUAGUGCCGUGGAGGAGAAGCGACAAGAGUUUGAACGUGACUACCGGCCGGAGCUUGAGCGCAAAAAGAACGAACGAGCGGAGCAGGCCACGAAGAGACGCGAUAUCGAGCUUGGUAAGCUCAUGAAAGACAUGGCUGUUUCGAACAGGGGUAAGAAUAAAUUGGCGGAUGAUCCAGCGACUGUAAGUGAAGCAGAGGACGACCCACAUGGAGACGACGACGCCAUUGGCGGUGACGAAAGCGACGGCUCCUCAGGGGAAGAGGACUCUGCUUCCCCGGAUGGUGGUCUUGCCUCACGCUACCAGCAAGCGCUGGCGGAUACUUCGCAGAAUCCCACUCAGCCUUCUGAUGAAGACAUCAGUUUCAUGAGAUAUCUUCGAUCCAGCCAACCUUAA